AUGAACAUUACUACAACUAUUCUUGAUGAAGAAAAAAGUCUUAUUAAUGAAUAUCCACCUGAACUUUCACAAGAUCCAUAUCUCAUUGUUGGAUUAAUUGGAAGUGAAUAUUUACCUCAAGGAAUAAAACAGAAUUUAUUUAAAGAAGAAGGUAAUAAUGGAGAAAGAAAAAUUGUUCCUUACGUUACAAAGAAAGAAUAUUUACCAUUAAGAAAACAACAAAAAAGAGAUGAUAUUUAUGAAUUUCUUCAACCAGAUCAAACAUUUGUUCGUGCUGAAUGGUUAAAUAAAGUUAGACAUAAUACACCAAGUGUUAUUGUAAUGUUUGAGACAUCAGAGACAUUGUUUAGUCCAGAUCAUGAUGUUGUACCACAAAUAGAAAUGAUUAGAAAUGAUUUAUUAACAAGACAAAUUAAAUUAGUUAUAGUAAUUAUUACACAUUCACCACAAGUAAUUGUUACAUCUGAUAGUUUUAAUUCUUUUAGAAAAAGAACAGAAUUAGAUGGAAUAUAUUUUUUUAAUUUAAGUGAUAUAAAGAAUUCAAUGAUAUCAUUAACAAAUGUUAUUAAAGAAUUAUCAAAACAACAUUAUAAUGAAAUAGAAUCUAUUUUAAAAAAUAAAGCUCAAAUAACAAAAUUACCUUGGAAAGCAGCAAUUUCAUAUUUUAAAGCUGCUUUUAUUUCUGAAGUUAAGGAAAAUAAAAAUGAAAAUAUAAAAAUAUCAAUUAAAUUAUAUUCAAAAGCUUAUGAUUCUGCUGUUGAAUUAUUAAAAGUUGAAGAACAAAGAUUUUAUAAAUCUUCAAAUGUUCUUGCAACAAAAGAGUUUAUUAGUUGGAUAAUGUUUAGAAUGUUUCAUUUAUUUGAAAAAUUAAAUCAAUUUAAAGAAAUGGUAGAAUUUUUUAAUAGAUUUAUUAAAACAUGUUUAAAGUAUAUUGGAAUUGAUGAAUUUUUAAGUACACAUUAUUAUUGGAUUGCAAAACAAUAUCAAUUAUUAGCAUUAAUUUAUGAAAGAAGUAAAAUAAAUGAAAAUGAUUCAAUAUAUUAUUCAUUUUCAUCAUCUGUUUAUAUGUCACAAGCAUAUUAUACAAAUAAAAAAUUAUUUUAUUCAAAUUUAAUUCCUGAAUUUUCUAAAUAUUUACCUUCAAAAUGUAAUCCAGAAUAUCUCUUUGGUUAUGCUUUAAAACAACAUUUUUAUACUUUAUUUAAAAUUCAUGACUCUUUAAAACAUAAAAAAAUUUUGAUUUAUAUUACUAAAAAAAUUACAUUAUUACUUCUUAAUAAACCUUCUUUAAAAGAUAAUAGAAUUCAAUGGUGGAAUGAUGAUACUAUUCUUAAAGUAUUUAAUGAAAUUAAAUUUCCUCAAAAUGGUUUGUAUUAUUUUAUUGAUUCAUUAUUUUCUUUAUUUGAUCAAUGGAAAAAAUUUGAUCAAACUUUACCAUUUGAAUUAAAAGAUGAAAAUGCUAAUAAUAAUACUUUUAUUAUUGAUAUUUUAAAUACUCUUAAUCAAACGGAAAUUCCUUUAAAUAAACAUAUCAUUAAAACUCCUUUACUUUCUUGUUUUGUUUCUUUUGCAACUCCUUGUUGUAUUAUUGGUGAAUCAACUUCAAUUAAUUUAGAUAUUAUUAAUCGUUUACCUUCAUUACCAUUAUAUAGAAUUGAAGUACUUUGUGAUGAUAAUAAUUAUUCUAUUAAUUUACCUUCUCAUUCAAUUAAACUACCUCAAAAAUUAAAUGGAAAUUUAAAGAUUUCAAUUCCUUUUAUUCCUAAAAGACUUGGAAAUGUUAAUAUACAACAAAUAAAUAUUUAUUUAUCUGAUAAAAAACCUUUAUUAAUAACAAAAACUGAAAAUGAAUUAAAAAAUAGUAAAGACUCUAUUCUUAAAUUUUUUGAAAUUCAAAGAAUUAUUCCUGAUUUUAAACCAUUAACUCAUCUUCAUGUCAUUCAAAGAAGUCCUUCAAUUAAAUUAUCAAUUGAAACUGUUACUCCUGCUAUAGUUGGUGAAAAAUUACCCAUUAUUAUUGAUAUAUUAAAUGAAGAACAUUAUACACUUACAAAUGUAAUGUUAUCAACUAAAAAUGAUGAUGUUAUUCUUACAUCAGAUACAUGUUCAGAUGAACCAAAGAAAGUUAUAUCAUUUCCAAAUAUUGGAGUUAAUCAAAAAACAAAUAACAUCUCUUAUUUACAAUUUAGUAAAACAGGAAGAAUUUCUGUUAUUAUUAUUAUACAUUAUUCUGGUAUUAAUAAAGUAAUGAGUAUUGACAAAGAAGUUAUUUUUGAUGUUCAUAAACCAUUUAGUCAUCGACAUGAAUUUAUUUCAAAAGAAGGAUCUCCUGAUAUUCUUCAUUUCUCAUUAAAUAAUAAAUGUAAAAUCCCUUUAGUAAUUGAUAAGGUACUAGCUCCAACAGUCCUUCCAAUGACUAUUCAUCCUACAAUAUUAGACACUCAUUAUCCUUGUGAAUUUUGUUGUAUUCCACCUCAUGUACCAACAAUUAAUAUUAUUAUUUUCUGGCAUCGUUUACAUUUAUUUAAUGGAGAAGUAAUAGAAGGAAUAACAUCAUUUGAUAUUAUGAAAAUAACUGAAAAUUAUGAACAACAAAUGUCAUCAACAAACCAAAUUGACUUACUAGAAACAAUUGAAAAAAAUUAUUCACAACCAUCCAUUAUGUAA